CUAUUUAAUUAAUUCAUUUACUCAUAUCACAUUUUGUCGCAUUUACUAUAAUAUUUUUAUCAUUUACAAGAAUAUAUUUAUGUACUUAUAUAUGAUAAGUUUCUUUUUUAAUAUUAGCUUAUCUCAUCAUUUACUUGCCAUUAAUGUGUUCUCUUUAAUUAUAAGUUUUUUAUAUCUUAAAUUUAUAUACGCGCGCAUAAUACGAUGUAAUUUGUAACCGUGUGUUAUAUAGAAAAUCAAAUAAAAAAGAAAAGAACAAUAAAAUUGACGAAUUCAUUAUAUUGACCGACGUAAUGCGUGCGACAAAGUAAUAAUAAAAAACGUUUGAAGUUUCGUACGCAUGGACAGUGAUCGAGAAUGCUGUAGAUUAUAGAACGCCAAUAUUUUUCUUUUAAUUCGAUCGUAGGGUCUAAUUUGAAAACAAAUUUUCUACCCUUCGUUGAAAGUUCUUUCAACGAUUUUAGGAAAAUUUCUUAACCCCUCUGAUUUUUUCUCGAGUAUAUUUUUUGUUUUUCUUUUGUUUUUUUUCUUGUUUUUUUUUUUUUUGUUUUUUGCAGUAUCCGUGAGAUUUUCGCGAAGCAUCGCCGAAUAUAUAUUUCACGAAUAACUCAAGUCGUUUAAUAAAUACGCUUUGUGAAACGUAAGGAAAGUAAUAAAACCAAAAAAAAAAGAAAAGCAAAAAAAAAGAAUCAAGAGAAUCGAAGUAUAUACCGCGAAAAUUUCAAAUCUCAUUCGAAAGUUAACUUAACCUAUCAUCCUCCUCAGUUCCUUGGCCAUAUCAAAGAAAAUAGUUUUAAAAUCUUUCGUAAAAUUUUCUUGAAACUAAAGAGAGUUUGUACGAUAACCUAUAAAAAUGAAGGGCGGAGAAAGGGUGGCGAGGGAGGAGGAUGGUGUAAGGAGGAGGAGAAGGAGGAGGAUUGUACGUUCCUUUGCGCACGAGGGUUGCAUGAAACGGGAAAGAAAAAUAGGAAAAGGGAAAGAAAGAGAGAGAAAGAGAGAUAGAGAGGAGAGAAAGAAGUUUUUAGAAAGACGCGGUCUCUCUCGGCCUUUCCACCACUUGUUCUCGAUGAGGGGUGACGAGCAGUAGGGGUGGUUUUUUGCGGUUAGCAAGUUGAGGUGCGGGGAGGAGCGUAGAUAGGAUAGAGUAGUGGAGGAUACAGAUGGGGCUGCACUUUUCUGCGGCGUUGAAAAUGGAAAGACGAGGGAUGCGUCGUCGCAAUAGCGAUGUCAGUGCGACUGAGAGGGAAACAGAAAAAUAGAAAGAAAGAAAGAAAGAAAGAAAGAAAGAAAGAAAGAAAGAAAGAAAGAGAGAAAGAAAGAGAGAAAGAAAGAAAGAAAAAAAGAAAGAGAGAGAGAGAGAGAGAGAGGAAGGCAUAGUUCGGUAAUUCACCGUACGUAGCGUGGUGGGGAGUAACAAAGGUAUGUAGUGGGGGAAAGGUCGGGCGUCGUUGGUGGGAGGCGGCGCAAGGAAGAAGGCACGGAUUCGCCCGACGAAACGGCGGACGCACACGGACGACACCGUACGACGAACGCGCGCAAUAAUAACCUCCGCGCGCGCCAUCCUUCGAAACGCUCGUAGUCGCGCGCCUCGCGCAGUCGGCAUCGCACUUGCCUCGAGCGGAGCGUGUGUCUUCUCCUUCGCGUCAUUUAGUUUGCCGGAACUAAGAAAACUCGACUGAGCACUUUUGUCAUAACCGUUAACAACGAACGACUACACAUACUCGCGAGUUUUAUUUUUUUUUCUGCACGAAAAUCUCAGCGAUCUAUAUUCCUCUCUCUUUCAUCUCUCUUUCUCUUUUUUUCUUUCUCUUUCUGUCUAUUUCUCUUACUCUUUUUUUGCUCCUUUUCUCCUUUUUUCUUUUUUUUCUCUCUCUCUCUCUAUCUCUUUUUGUCUCAUUCUCAUUCAUUCCAUCCAUCUCUCUUAGAAGCCGGCCGGUUGGCCGGCAAGCAGGCGCAUUCAGUACUAACACGUGGUUCGCGCGCGCGCAUGCACGCGACCUUUCGUUUUCGCGAGUACACACGAUUUGCGCUAACGGUUACUCUCUCUCUUUCUCUCUCUCACUCUCUCUUUUUAUUAUAUUCUUUUUCUUUCUAUUUUCAUUGGUAAAAUAGAAUAAGUAACGAGUAGCAGUGAUUUAAGGCGUGUUAAAAAUCAAAAAGUUUGAGUCCUCCUCCUCUUCCUCCUCCUCCUCCGAGUAAAUACUAAGAAGUUAAAAAGAAGAAAAGGGAAGAAUAUAAAAAACAAAACAAAUAAUCAAAGAAACGUGUUGGAAUAGAUCUUAUAGAAUUGUACAAGCGUGGACGAAGACCUUUUACAAUUUUGUCUACGUCCUCGUCCUCGUCCUCGUCCUCGUCGUCAUCGUCGUCAUCGUCAUUGUCCUCAUUCUCGUCGGCUGAUUGGCUGGCAGGUGGGGGUGUCGUGACGUAGUAAGCAGGCAAAUAGAGAAACGAAGAGAAAGGAGUAAAAGGAGGAGGAGGAGAAGGAGGUGGUGGAGGAGGA